AUGGCCUCGUCCACCCUCACCACCGGACCACCUCCCAGAUCCUCCAACAGUCCGCAGCCCCCAGCAUCCGAUGUCGAACUCACCACAGUCCAGAAUGGCGACGCAGCACCCAGCCUUCCGCUUGAGGAAGACAUCAUGCAAUGCGCUCGCAUCGGCGCAAUUGAACACAUUCAGCGGAUGAUCGAAUCCAAGAAAGUUGCUGCGACUUAUGCGGACGAGGAGGGCAUCACGCCUCUGCACUGGGCUGCCAUCAACAACCAGUAUGCUGUCUGCAAGUAUUUGAUCGACCAGGGCGCCGAUGUGAACAAGAAAGGAGGCGACUCUGGAGCGACACCAGCAAUGUGGGCCGCGCAACGAUGUCAUUUCUACAUUGUCCAUCUCCUCCUCGAGAACGGCGCAGAUCCCCUCACACAGGACGUACAGGGCUAUAACAUCCUUCAUCUGGCGACCAUAGACGGGAACGCCUUACUAUUGGCACUACUUUUGCAUCAAAACAUACCAGUCGACGCUCCAGAUCCGCAAGGCCACACCAGUCUCAUGUGGGCAGGGUACAAGGGCUGGCCAGCUCUAACAGACAUGCUGCUUCGAUGGGGCGCCAGCGUCAAUGCCACCGAUGACAGUGGGUUCACGCCACUUCACUGGGCUCUCGUCAAGGGCUCAAAGCCAUGCAUAGAGAAGCUCAUCGAGUAUGGAGCUGAUCGAUUCGCUAAGACGAACGAGGUCGGAAAAGCAGCUCCAUCGUGCAUUGUCAGACCAAGCUACACCGCCGACGGCCAUCCACGCGCUCUGCCAUUCGGACUGGCAUCCCUCCUGCGCGACAAGUCCAAGAUGUCCAAAUUCUUCUUUCUAUUCCCAUUUGUGAUCGUUUUCACCGGCCUGUACAUUAUCAGUCAUUACACAGUCUACAUCGCGGUACCGGCCGCUUUUGGCGUCGCCUUCUUGAUGCAGCUGGGCCUGCAAUACCUGGGAAACCACGGUCCAGCACAAUUCCGACAGAUCCACAAGACACCGUACCUUGCAGGCAUCUUCUCAGGAACACUAUUCCUGGUUGGACUUACAUACUUCACCUCGAUCCUCCCGUCCACCUUCUCAACGAACCCCUUGUUCAACGCCUUAUUCGUCGCAUUAUACGGCCUAACCAGCUACUUCUACUACAUCGCCGCCAUCUCCGACCCAGGCUGGUCCCCAAACUCUCAUCCCGCAACCAACAACGCGCUGUAA